GCGGCGUGACGUCAGUGUCGUGACGUGGGUUAGCGUUAGCAGCAUUAGCAGAAUAACGGUGAUGAUGCUUUGAGGAUUUGAUUUUGAGGAUUAAUCAAUGUGAUCAAGAGAUUAUAACCGUAGCUGUGUGUAGUGUGAUGUCUGUGUCGAGUCCAUCAGAUCUGCUGAAUGAAAACACAUUUACUCUCGACCUGUGUUUGUCACAUGCUGAGUUAGGCCUGAAAGACACAAAUCACACAUCCAUCAACACCACCUCCUCCUCCGUCCAGCGGCUGAAAGGCAUCAUGGGAGGCCUGGACGACGAGCAUCAGGGAAACGAGAGCAACAGCAAGUGGAUGAAGGAGGGUCAGAACCAAAUAUGCAAGCAGCAGGACCAGAAUCUGAACCUGCUUCAAAACACAGAUGAGAUCAACCCUAACCAGAACUCCCAGCGGCGUCACGAAGAGAAGAACAAAGCUCUGAAAGCUCUCUGCUCGGAGCUCCACAACUGGACCACAGACGAUGAACCGCUCCUCAUUUACUCUUCUGAAGCCCUGAAGGACAACGAUGAGGGAUCGAAAGACGACGAAACGGAAGAAGAUGAGAAUUCCCAUCCCAGUGUCAACGAGAACACGGACGUUCAGAGGAAAGGAGGUGAAGGUGGCGUCAAAAGUGCGUGUUUGUUGUUCGGUAAGAACGGCGCUCCCAGCGACGAGGACUCCAGCUGUAUGUCUCUGUCGCAGGGAAGCACCGCCAGCAGCACACCGGAUGGAGAGCCGGAGUCGUACUGGGGUGGCAAUGCGUUUGAAUCGGACACGGAUCUGCCCUCCGGUUGGAUGCGGGUGCAGGACACUUCAGGCACCUACUACUGGCACAUUCCCACGGGAACAACGCAGUGGGAGCCGCCCGGGCCUUUAGAAGAGAGACCCACCAGCACGUCACCCGCAGAAACGCCUGCUGAUCAGCCGCAGAUGGCAUGGGACGAUGUUUCGCAUCCAAACAUAUUCAGUGAUGAAGAUCUCUGGCAGAAGGAGGACGUGUCUUGUGAUGACAGUCUGAAGGAGUUUGAGGGAGCGACUCUGCGUUACGCCUCCAUUAAUCUGAGUUGCUCUCAGUCUGAGGAGGAAGAGGAGGAGCGGACUCAUCUGGGCAGUCGUGAUGGAUCAAAGUGUUUCGCUGUGCGUUCUCUGGGCUGGGUGGAGAUAUCAGAAGAGGAAAUGGCUCCUGGCAGGAGUAGUGUUGCUGUUAAUAACUGUAUCAGACAGCUCUCUUAUCAGAAACACAAUCUGGAUGACACGGCCGGCAUCUGGGGCGAGGGGAAGGAGAUGCUGCUGCUUCUGGAGAAUGAAACGCUGAAUUUAAUGGAGCCUGACAGUCGGACGCUCCUGCACUCACAGCCAAUCGUCAGCAUUCGCGUUUGGGGCGUCGGCCGCGAUGAUGGCAGGUCAGCACUUUUCAACAUUGACAGAUGCUCAGUGUCACAGGACUUUGCGUAUGUGGCCCGAGACAAACUGUCACAUGUGCUGAAGUGUCACGUGUUUCGCUGUGACACCCCUGCUAAGAACAUCGCCACCAGCAUGCACGACAUCUGCUCAAAGAUCAUGGCCCAAAGAAAAUCAGCCCCCAGAUUAAACACUGAUCCCUCCAGACUUAUGGACAUCCCCUUCCAGGAGUUUCCUGUGCCGAAGAACGAACUGGUUCAGCGUUUCCAUGUGCGAUACUUGGACUGCGUGCGGGUUACAAAACCAGCUGGCAUGGAUGUUAUUAAUGUUGCGCUGGAGACGGCCCUCAACAGCAAAGACAAAGAGGAGUGGACACCCGUCACCGUGAACGUGGCAUCUGCUACACUCACUAUACUCAAAUCUGAGACAGAGGAAGUUCUUUCAGAGUGUCGUGUGCGUUUCCUGUCGUUUAUGGGCGUGGGGAAGGACGUACACACGUUUGCGUUCAUCAUGGCGGAAGGACCCGGAGACUUUAUCUGUCACAUGUUCUGGUGUGAUCCCAACGCAGCCAGUCUGAGCGAGGCCGUGCAGGCCGCAUGUAUGCUGAGGUAUCAGAAGUGUUUGGAUGCUCGUCCACCCAGCAGCGGUGGGGUCGUCUCGUGUCUGCCAGGCCCACCCGCUGAUUCUGUGGCCCGCCGAGUCAAGAAAGGCGUUCAGAGUCUACUGGGCAGCUUCAAGAGAUCUGGAUCUCAAACGCCAUGAAUGUAUCUCUCCUUUCUGUCUUUAGUUUUUCAUGGAGGGUCUUUCACACCCCCUUCUGUCAUUAGCACACAAGAAACACACACAAGUGAAGUUCUCACACACAUACACUACGAUUGAUUUCAGAUGCUUUUAUGUUCACGUUAGCAGAUGUGUUCACUGUAAACGUGAUUUGUGCACUACAUUGUAUGAAUUUGACUUACUGAGAUCAUAACUAAUAGUGUAGAUGAAUGUAGUAGAUGUUAUGUGGACUACACCUCUAAUGACGCUAAUAUUACGCAUGAACACUAAGAUGAGCUUGUGUACUAUGCAAUGUGCUUAUUUAUUAUUUGUUACUGUACGUCUGAAUCAUGGUGUGUUACUUUAGAUUUCACUGUGUUUCAUCUUCAGUCUAGUCGAGAUGAUCCUCACUGCUGAACACCACAUACAGAUUCAACUCAUCUCACUUUAUAUACCGUGCUCAAGCAGAUAAACCGCCAUAUUUACAAGGUUUCUCUUAUCGAUAUAAGUCUAUGUUUGAUUAAUAAUAUAGUGGAGAUAGAGUCAUAAUGUAGUGUAAGUAAUGAUCACAGUUAGGUAAAGGAUCAUGUACAGCCAGCUGGUUGUUAUCACCCUGAAGGAAUUUAUUUGUGACAACAACCCGAUUAUCCCACCUAUUACACGGCUAGUUGCUAUACGAGUAAAUAUACAGACAGAAAAUUUUUAUUUAAUUAUCUUUUUCAGCUAAUUCCUAAGAAAAGUAAAUCUUCUGCGAGAGAAGUCUGUGUCCUAAUGGCUCUAAGCAAAGAUGUGUUAAAACGAGUUUAAAGUCCAAACAAUAUAAACACUGUUUAUUCAUUUGUACAUAAAAUCUCACUGAUGUUAUAAAUUAUGCAUAUUUAUACCGCAUUAAUUCAUAGGUAUUUAACUGGACCUGUCAAGAUGACACACAAUACUCGGACACUUUCAAUUCAAAACAUUAUAAAAAACCUUACACUACUUUUUUUGGAGCAAUAUUGUAGUAAAGUUUGUUUUCUGUCAAAAGAAUGAUGUAAAUGUCGUAUAUAAAUUAAGUUAAUGUGGAAAUGAUAUGAGCAACAACACUAGUAUGACGUGUCUUGUGGUAAAACUGCCGACCAAUCAACUAAUAGUACAUAUAGAUCAGUCCCUGGAUCGGAUCUAACUCUGCCCCCUGGAUGUCGAGUUCUGCUUUAAGGUGCUACUGCACUGCAGUAAAUGAAUGUCUUAGGCUACGUUUACACGUGGGCGGCUAUUUUCAUAAACGGACUUUCAACCUCUCCGGUUUCAAAAAUAAUAUCGUGCACACAUGUCAGUUUUCAGAAAAGUGUUUAUUUACACGUAUCCGUGCAUAUAUGCCGUAAAAAGAAGCUUAAGCCCACGUAAGCCAAUCACCGGCAGCGCUGGUGGUGACGUGAACUGGUUCUUCAUGUUGAAGGGAGGAGUUGUUGCAGUAGGUGAUCGAUGACAUCAAAGUACCGCAAGAGCGAGUUGAGGAAUCACACGUAGAGGUCUAAUUUCGAAUCGCUCUCGCGGUACUUUGACAUCAUCCGUCCGUCGGUUCUUGCAGUGCUGCAUGAAGUCAAACACGCGUAAAAUUGCUGACCUCCGAACACUUGUCUCUGCUCCUUGACAUAAUGGAGAUACAAACACACGAAACGAGUUUGUACGAACAUAAAUGUGAUCUUGGAAGCGUUCAGAGUAGCAGUCACAUGUAAACAUAGGUCGCACUUUUGACGUAGGUCUGUCGCAUACUCUGUGACGUUGCCUGCUUAAACAUCCGUUUGUCUCAGUUUACAUGCAACCGUGCAACCGAAGAUUUUCAAGAUCUACACUCUGGCCGGAGUUUUUAGAAACAAUUGGUUUCAGAGGCGAGAGGCACAAACGAAGGUAAAUCUGUCAGUUUUAAAAAUAACCAUGUACGUGUAAACAGGGCCAUAGAUAUUUAUACUGGAAAACCAAACAAAAAUACUAAGAAUUCUUAUGCAGCGUGCACACCAACCACGAGUUCAACGAUUUGCGCGAGUAGAUUACAUACAAAGUCAAUGCAAAGACACAAACGUGUCCACACAUGGGGUGAUACGAAUGAUGCGAUAUGGGCUUCGCGUUUGCCGCAAAAACACCUGCUAUUCGCCUCAAAUGCGUCUUUGCCCAAGUUGAAAAUAUUCAACUCGAGCGAAAAAUUCGCAUAACACGAAGUUAAAUCCUGCGAGUAAUCUAGAGUGAGUAACGUGAUGCCCUGCGUUUGGUGUGUACGUAGCAUUACAUUGAGAUGAAUUUAGUUAGAAAAGUGGAUUUAGAAGAUUUAAAGUCUUGUUUGCUGAAAAAACUUUUGACAUUUUAAGAGGUCUAUGCUUAAAACAAAAAUAUCUGCCAGUUGGCUGAGAAAAAAAAAUGUAAUCCAGUUUGAACUUAAUUCAAUAAACUGAAUUUAAGUUUUUUUCUUAGCCCAUUGGCAGAUAUUUGUACUUGUUUUAAGCAUAGUUGUUGUUUUUUUGCCUGAAGCUCUUCAAUUUCAUAUUUUUAUUUGGUUUUCCAGUAUAAAUAUGUAAGACAGACAUAAAUUUUGUGCAGUGUGGUUUAGUUUGAGAAACUCAACAUUCAGAUGAAAUACUGACAUCAUGGCAAGGACUUUUUAGAGGAAGUGCCAUUUUAUCUCCACAUGAGGAUCAGUGAGUUGUGCUUUUUAACUGAAUGAGCGAUCAUAUUUACUUUCCAUUGAAUACAGGCUUAUGUUUUAUACAUUGACUCUGUAUAUGAAUGUAAAGUAUGUGAAAUUAAUUUCCGUUGCCCUGUUAUCUGUAUAAGAUUUGUGUUAUUUAGAUAUUCUAGUCUUCCAAAGCUCAUUACAGACUCAUUGUAAAUCAUCAUUAAUAUUUGCAUUUAAGUUUCUUUGACCCCCCCAGCCUUUUCUCUUUCUGUUUGAGGUUUUUGGAUGUGCUGUGUCAUUCAUUGGUGUUGUAGCUGAACCCAAAUAAUGGAAUUGAACAUUGGUUUGGUCAAUCUAUAUAUUGGCCCAUCCCAAACGCUAUUCCUUUAAGAAGCUUUGGUUAAAAUAAACAGGACAGGCACCAGUGUCGGAAGUGAAAGCCAUCCCAAGACCUCUUCAUUCUGAGCAGGGUUUAUUCUCAUUCACACACUAAAGUUAUUGUCAUGCUGUCAGAUUGUAUACUGAAGCCACCUAACUAUCUGCUCCUACAGUAUAUAUUUAUGGGUGUGUUUUUAAAUGUUGAAAUAUCAUUUUUGUCUAUCUGUUGUAUAAUAUAAAAACCCAAUGUGUUUCUUUUCUUCUCAUGCACAGUGUAACAUACUGCCAUGUUUGUGUAUACUCAUAAAUAUUAUAAUGUAGUUGUGUACAUAUAAGACAACUCUUCAUUCUGUUCCGUCUGAUUUCACAUUGUUAAAGGAAUACAGUUUUAAUCUCUUACAUGAUGUGUAGUUUUAGCUAACUCAUGUUAUGCUUAUGUGGUGGUGUUGUUAACACUAAAUAAACAUUUUAUUUAACAUUGUA